AUGCUGGUCCAUCCCGAGAUGCCUGACCGCCCCGUGUGCCCCGCGUGGACCAGAGCCUCGGCCGCCUCCGCCGGGUCCCUCAUCCCACCGCCCAUCAACAGUCAGCAGCCUGGCGUGCCCACCAGCCUCCUCUACAGCGGCGCCAAGUUCCGCGGUCAGCAGAAGAACAAGGAGAAAUCGUACGACGUGGAGGUGGUGCUGCUGCACGUGGCUAUGGAGAACUCUUCCCUCUGUGGCUACUUGAAGAUCCAAGGCCUUACCGAGGAAUAUCCCACUCUUACUACCUUCUUUGAAGGGGAAAUAAUCAGCCCAAAGCAUCCAUUCCUAACCCGAAAGUGGGAAGCGAAUGAGGCUGUAGACCGGACACACUGGGGCAAGUUCCAGGCUUUUGAGCAGUACGCUGAAUCCUUUAACUCGGAAGACUUUGAUUAUGAAGAAGUGAAGAACGGGGAUUAUGUCUUCAUGAGGUGGAAGGAACAGUUCCUAGUGCCAGAUCACACCAUCCAAGACAUCGGGCCUGCUUCCUUUGCUGGCUUCUACUACAUCUGCUUCCAGAAAUCCGCAGGCUCUCUAGAGGGCUAUUACUUCUAUAGGAGAUCAGAAUGGUAUCAGGCCCUGAAUCUGACUCACGUUCCUGAACGCAGCGUCCCAAUCUUUGAAUUCCGGUGA